AUGCUAGGGCGGGCCCGAAAGGUUCGACGGCUCGGGCGCGUCAAGUCCAAGAUCGAGUUCCAGGUUGGGCAUGGGGCAGAUUCCAAUCGGGGCGUCGUCCAGGCCAAAGGGGAAGAGGGGAGUCAGUCUGGCGCCUUCCCACGGGGACCCAAGGACCCUUCAGCUAGCCUCAACACCUACGCGGGAGGGCCAAAAGGGAGGGGCAUGGAGGGCGUCGUCUGCUACGCCGGAAUCCUCGUUUUCGCUGAUUUUCUAUCAAGAAGAAGCGAAACCAUCUCCGCCCGCCGCCGCAACGACAGCGACACCUCCCAGAGCGACAGCGAGUCCACGAUGCUCGAGGCUGCGACGGGCCCACUCGUCCAGGACUUCCUCGUCGCGACCCUGCUCUUCCUCCGGGAUCUCACGUAUCUACACAGUGGAAUCACGUACCUUCCCAACGGGAAUGAAUACGGUCUGCCAGAGGAGGCGAGGCGGGAAUACCUGCGAGAGGGGGAAAAGGCGCUGGAGGCGUUCCGGUCGCAUCUGAACUCCAUGGACUCGUGGACGCUGGAGGCGGAAUACCCCGAGGACGAGAUCGCCGUCCGGUCCCAGUUCCAGCCGCAUCUCGGCAUCUACUUCAUCUACACUGAGGCGCUGCUCAACUACAACUUCGAAUGGGCAUUUUGGAACACCUUGCCACCCCCAGGGCAGAAUCUCGAGUGGUACAAGGACAUCAGCCAGAACGAAUUCAUUCAGUCGAUUUCCGAGGAAUGUCUGAUCAUACGCGAGACGACGAAGCCGAUGUUCGGCGGGCUGAUUGGCGCGAGGGAUUUCAUCUCUCUUGGCUGUCAUAGGAAGAUCGGGGACACCAUCUACUGGGCCUUCAGGAACGUCACCUGGCCCAGCCUACCGCCGAGAGAAGGGAUCGUCAGGAGCGUGGAACACUUGGGUAGCGGUCAAGCGUUUUCUCGACACAAGGAAAACAAGGAUAAAUGCAUUUUUCGCUGGGUGAACGGGAUGGACUUCCGAGUCCCAUUCGUGCCGAUUGGGAUCAUCAAGGCCUUCGCUCUCACUAAUCACAAGAACUUCGUCCUCGCCUUGAGAAAUCACCUGGAAGCGGCGGCGGCGGCUUCUACCUGCAGUACCAUCGAACCGUCUGGUUGUUGAAUCGUCUCGGGGAGCUGGUGUCCUUAAGGGUCGACCUUGUUCAUGGAAGGGUUUCUUAUGCUGGUUCGUGGACGAUGGCAUGGCAUGAAGCGAAGCCCAACGUGAAGCCUAAAGUGUAUCUAGCAUCUCAUUUUGCAAAUAUGUUUGAAGAUAAUCGCUUGCAUUUGUCAACCACAAGCUGAGACUGACGUCAGGGGUAGAAGCCCUGAAAUAAUAUGGGACCUCACCCUAUCUUAGGUCUCUGCUAGACGUAAUGUACGUUUAGGUUCAUUUUGAAGGAUUUUAGUAGAAUUCACUGACCCGUAUCAAUCUCCAUUCAUUAGGACAAUAAUACAUUUCAGAAAUUAAAUUCCUGGCUUUUGCUAUUUUUGAGGCACUAGAAAUAUUGGAAUAUUUUGAGGCGUGAAGGAAAAACAGCUGGGAAUGAGAAGUGGCGCUUCAAUUCAGAAUUUUUAUAUAUUUUAGUACAUCGUUGUGUCUGCAGCUCUCUUAAGACUCUCGGUGAAACAAUAGGAGGCAGGAAUUGUUGAGGAUUCGCUGCAGCUUUGUCCAUUGUCAAGAAAUCAAAGAUUUGACUUUGCUCAUUCUCGCGAAUGCGGACGCCGAGUCAGUGCGAAAAUCGCCUCGUUUGUGGUAUAGGAAGAAAUAAACUGCGUUUUACUGCAGGGCCAGCUUGCCAGUUCACCAGUUAACCGCGCGGUUUACCGUCCGGUUUUUCAUUCGUUUCCCCGGGUAAUCGAGAUAAGCUGCUUGGUUCCCCUGAAGCUGAAGCGAAAACUUUUGACAAUUUUGGAGAAGCACUCAUUUACGUCUGACUCGGUUUCAAAUAGUUUUCAUUUCAUUGCACGACAUCUUGUCAUUCUAUCAUUAUUCCGGCAUUCAUGAACACCGAUUUCCAAAAUGGAAAAUCAUUAUUUGCUUGGUCCUCGACGAAAUAUAUACAGAUUUAGUCGAUGUUUCCACGAAUAGCUUGUAUUAUUUUUUUGGGAGCUGGAUUCGUGUACCUGAGAUAGGGACCUGCAGGAAUAUAGGGUGAUAAAAUAAGCCUGAAAAACUAGAUGAAUCUCAGCCAACGGAUACGCCUACGCCCUCUCGAGAGUGAAAUGGAGGAAAUCGCAUGGGAACAGAAUGGUAUGUGCUUGUGCCUAAGACGACAUUUUUUAAGCACUUGUGAGGAUCCCUGUCAAUUUUCUUGCUCGCGUCUCUGCGGGAAUGCAUAUUCUCAUAUUUCGUAUUCACUGUAAUACUCUUGAAAAGCUGCUGACGGCAUGGGGUCUUGUCAAGAUUUUCUUCUUAUGUUCUCAUACACCAUGACGGGGUGCGUAUCUAGCAGAAUUUCCAAUAUCAGGUCGAUAUGCAAUGAUUUGAGUCAUGUUUGACCGCUGCACUCCUAAAAUCACACGGUUCACGAAUAAAGUAUGGACCGUGAUUCGUGUUACACUGCGAUUCUUGGAAAUAUUAAAUCGAUUGCGUGCCCUUGCAUUCUAUACGUGGAGAUCGCGUCGUGCAACUGUAUGCUUCUGACGAUUCCUCCAAAUUAAAAAAAAGUGAAUGCGUUUCAGCAUUUAUUGAGCAUUGUGCGAAUCAUAUUUAACUUUUUUUUAUUUCUUGCACUUCUUGGCCAAUAUAGAGAAUACUUUCUUCGAACCGACGGCAUCGCUUUCAUCAUGAACUCUUGUGAGAAAUUGAAUAAAUACAAAAUCCUCUGAAAGUGGCUUUUGAUUCACAUGUUCGUGUUUCUCCAUUAAUAAAGUG